AUGAAAGUUCGCCAAAUUCAUUUUGCCUUGAUUUCUCUGAAUUUAUUGUUUAUUUGCUCGCUUGACCCCUCAACAAUCAUUUUAGCAAUAAAUGCAGGAGGCUCCGCUUAUACAUCCUCUUUUGGCUUUUCAUACUCUGGUGAUAUUUAUUUUACACCAGCAACAAGUAUAGCUACCGAUCGUUCCGACAAAGAUAUAGACAUAGCUCAUACAGUAAAUGAAUUCAUUUACCAAUCUGAAAGAUAUGAUUCAGUGACUUGAGGAUAUGACCUCCCUAUUAGCACAGACGGGACAUAUGUGCUUAUUCUCCAGUUUGCUGAGUUCUAUUUUAAGAACCCCAAUUUCAGGGUUUUCACUGUAAAAAUUGGAGACUAUGUUGUUGCUAAUAAUUUAGACUUAUAUGCUGCUGUAGGGUAUUGUACAGCUUAUGAUAUUUUUACAACUUUUACACUAUCAAGUAACACGGUUUUAAUUUCAGGAAAUACAGUAUCUGGAGCUUAUUCAGGUGGCAAAUUAAUAGUUCGAUUUUAUUUAAUCCUCUCCUUAGGGCAAAAUAUUUUUUUUGGGCUAAAAAACUAUCUUCAGUGAGCGAACAAAAUUUUAAUGGAAAAUGAUAUAUAAAUAAUAACUAGGAUUUUAAAAAAAUUUAAAACCCUUUAUGAGCAAGUAUUCCAUCAAGGACGGGGAUUUAAAUAAAGAAAAUCCAAAAAUUUCAGGAAUUGUUUUGGUGAGUGGAGAUUGUAGUGUGGCUGAUUAUUGCAAUAUGUGUUAUCAAGCAAGAUGUUCGGUAUGUAAUGUGGCUACUCUGACCUGCGCUACUUGUAUCACUAAUGCUAGCAUUAUAAGUGGAGUAUGCCAAUGUAAUUUAGGCACUUAUUGGGACACGGGUUCAAGAGAAUGUUCUUUUUGUGACAAAUUAUGUGCAUCAUGUUCAGAUAAGUUUUACUGCGCAGCUUGCUUAGGCACAAAUGUGUUAGUUUCAAAUGUUUGUUUAAGAGCAUGCCCUUAUGGAUUUGGCACGUCUUGUGCUUCAGUUUCAAGCGCAGUUAUUGAUCAAAAUUUUGCAAAUUAUUUUUAUGGAGCUUAUGGAUUAUUUCAAACAGGGACAAGCUCAAGCAGCUAUAGUAAAUGCACCUUUACUGAUCCGUCUUAGGCAGUUCUAUCCUGUUCUAUUCUCUCGUUGGUUAUCUAACAGUUUUACAUAGCAAUUUUUGAAUUGGAAAUUCCUUACUCCCCCCCCCCCCUCCUCCGUGAGCGAACAAAACCAUUAGAAAAAUCGCCAUUUUUUGACCAAAAAACCCACCCUCCGUGAGUGAACAAAAUUUUUUUAAUAGAAAAAAAUUUUAAUGGAAAAAAAUUUUUUUAAUAGAAAAAAUUUUAAUGGAAAAAAAAUUUUGAUAUAUAAGUGAUAAUUAGUAUAAUGAAAUCUAGAGCUAAUUCUGUUUAAUUUUAAACAAAUUGCGUUUUUAAAACAUAAAUUUUGCAAAUUAAAUUAAUAUUUGCUUCCCAUUUUUGCAAAUUAGGAUUUUUUUUAAAUUUCGAAAAAAAUAUUUUUUAUAAAAUUUAUAUAUAAAUUUUUUUUAAAAAAAAAAAUUAACCCCCCUCCGUGAGCGAACAAAAUUUUUUUUGUUCGCUCACGGAGGGGGGGGGGGGGAGUUAGUUUAAUCUUAUUAUUAAAAUAAUCUAUUUGAGAUUGCAGUGUAGACAGCAAAAGAUGUUUUCAGUCUCAACCCAUAAAGGCACCUAAGUUUUAUUAUUUUUUCAAUAAUCCUGAAGCAGUAGAUCCAAUACCAGCUAAAAAGCGAGGGCUUUAUUUUUCUGGAGGCUCAUAUCUUCAAACAACUUCAAUUGUUUAUAUUUCACUUAAUUUUUCAAUUGGGAUGUGGGUUUGAAUAUUAUCUGGCUCAGGAGAUAUCUUGACAAAUAGUUCUGGAUAUAAAAUAGCGAUUUCUGCUAAUGGAGCUAUGAAAAUAGUUUUAGAGGAUAAAACAGAAUCUACGACUACAAUAACGACUGCAGCACUUAACCCUUCAAACUCAGCGUGAGUUUAUAUUUCUUUUAUUAUUUCAUUUUCAUCAUCAACAAUUUCUACAACUAUUUCUCCUUAUCUAAACAAUUCUCCACAAGCAUCUGCAACAACCAAUGGAUAUAUAUAUAGAGAUGCUGUAAACAAUGUAUUGAUUCUUGGGAAAAGCUCGUCAAGUAAUUUUUUUGGGUACAUUUACCAAUUCACUUUAUGAAAUGUAGCUGUUUCAAAUUUUAACACUCAAUACUCAAACCAAAUAUGCGGCACAGGAGCAAUCGCUAGCUGCCUUUGAACUUGCCCUCUAUCUCAAUGAAUGAAUGGGGUAACGCCUACAAAUUGCAAUUCAUGCAUAAAUGGUUGCGUUAGAAAUGCAUCCUGCAAUGUUUGUAACGAUCCUCUUUGCAGUGUCUGUACAGGGUUCUUAGCAGGCCUAUGCAUACAAUGUAUUUCUAAUGCAUCAGGGACUCCUUGCGCUUGCAAUAUUGGCUAUUAUUGAGAUUUAACUAGUAAUAAAUGCUUAUCAUGUGAUUAUACCUGCAAAACUUGCACAUCAUCAAUUUCUGGAGACUGCAUUAUUUGUGCGUCUGGCUUAUAUAUGUAUUUAGGAUGGUGCAUUUCUAAGUGUCCAGAUGGAUUUAUAGAAAGUGGGUCAUCAUGUGUUGAAAAAGAUCCUUUUAUCUUUUAUCUUUCGUUUGAUACUCUUGAAGGAGUUGUUUUUGAUAAGCAAAGCAAAAUUCCAGCUCUAACUGGAAACAGCAAAGCUUUUUACCCAGAUUAUGAUGAGUUUGAUCCAAUAGCUGCUUUAUACAGAGGGUUUUAUUUUAAUGGAGUAAACUCAGUUAUGCAUUUACCUAUUUAUCCAGGCUACAACAGCCCAGUUCUUAGCUUUGGCUAUUCUUUCACCUUUUCUAUAUGAGUCAAUAUUGAGAGUGGCUUUGGAGCUAUUCUUUCAAAGCAAGAUUUACUUUACAAUCCAAUUUUUUCUCUCCAGUUAAGUGCUGGAGUUGUAGUGGUUUCAUUAAGCUUUAAGAGUUCUGGAUUGAUUUCUUUCUAUUAUUUGCAAAGCAUUGAAUCUUAUGAAUGAAAUCAUGUUGCAUUCACAGCAGAAUACACAAGUUUAAAGCAGACAAAAAUGGCUUUCUACUUGAACGGAAAAUUAGAUAAUCAACGUGAAUUAGGAUCUGACUAUUUUAAAGAUACCAAAACAGAUAUUACUUUUACAUUGGGAGCUGGAAAAGAUCUAUCUGGUUAUAAAAAUUAUUUUAAAGGGUUCAUUUAUGAUAUUAAGGGUUAUAACUCAGUCCCCUUUUUAAAUUUAUUUUAUGAAGAAUAAAAAAAUUAAUUGAUAUAGUUUGAGAUUUAUUUAAAUAGCAUUCAAUUUACAUUUUGUCUAUUAUAUUGGUCAAAACUAAUUUUAUAAAAAUUAGUAAUUUCAUCGAUAUAAUUUUCCUAUGAAAAAGCAAAUUUGCUCCAAUUUAAAAGGGGUUAAAUUUCCUAAUAAAUGCAAAUUUACCGAUAAUUUUUUCCAAUUUAAAGUGUGAGUCAGUAAAAAAAGCAUAUCAACACUUGCAUUACCUGCAGUUCAAUGUACAGAAAAAUGUAAAGCAUGCCCUGCGAAUGGAGUCUGUAUCCCUAAUUGUCUAAUUUCUCAGUAUUGGAUUGGUCCAGAAUAUAAUAAAUGCUCCAAAUGCAGCAGUGAAUGUCUUAGCUGUAGGGAUUCCAGCAAAUUUUGCAAUCUUUGUGAUAAUCAAAAGUGUGCAUCCUGUUAUGAUUUUACUGGAGAUUCCUGCCUUGAAUGUAUUUCUGGUACUUCAAAUACAACAAACUGUCAAUGUGACUAUGAUCUUGCUGGCUAUACGCAUUUUACUCUCCGGUUUUGACAAUCACUUAUAUUAUCAAAAUUAGUUUUACUGAAAACUUUCUAAUUUUGCCUAAAUAUCUUAAAGAAACAAAAUUGCAUUAUUUCAAUUAAAUUGUCUACCAAAAAUUAAGAGAAAGUUUUGCACCACACUUGCUUGGAAUUCAAGCUCAGGAAUAUACAAGUUGCCCGAUGGUGACGCUCAAUACGCCAUCAUCAGGCAACUACAGUUCAGGGUCCACACUGGAAAUGGGUUCCACAUGUGGAGCCCUUUUUGGCAAGUGAAAGUGAGGAUUCUCCACGUGUUAAAAAGGGCUCCACACGUGGAGCCCAUUUCCAGUGUGGACCCUAUACUGUAGGUUCCCGAUGAUGGCACAUUGAGCGCCAUCAUCGGGAAUUUCCUAUAUGUGAGACUUGCCAUCAAUGGCAAUACAAAGCAAAUGACUCUUGCUAUGAUUGCCCUCCUCUCUGUGCUCAAUGUGAUAGUAAAAUUAAAUGCACAUGGUGCAUUAACAAUGCUGUAUUAAAUUCUGGAAGUUGUGCUUGCUCUCCUGGAUAUAUAGGAACAACUUCAUGUACAUUUAUCCCCUUUAAUGUCAGUCUUGUUGUUAACAAAAAUAAUACUUUGGUUCUGGCCUUCAGUGACAUAUUAAAAAAAGGUUUAAAUCACGACCAAAUUAUGAUACAAAUUCAUAACAAUACAAUUCUAUCAUGAUCAAUUUCUCAAAUUUCAAGCAAAGAGUAUUUAAUAUCAUGCAAAUUUGAUGGAAAGAUUUCAAAGGGCACUAAUAUUACAGUACACUUUAUAAAUUCUACAAGUAUUGCAUCGAUCUCUGGAGGUGUAAUCCACGAAGAAUAUUUAUCAGGCUCUUUAUAUAAAUCUUUGACUUCUGAAGAGCAAGAAGUGGCUCAAAUUCAAAAUCAAGUUUCUUCUGCAGUAAAAAUUUUGGUUGGAUCAAGCAUUGCUCUAGCAAUGCUCAGCCCAAACCCUUCACCUCUAUGAACUAUUUUGAACACUAUUCAAUUUAUUUCCUACAUACCUUACGCCAGCUACCCUUUAACAGACAAAAUUUCUGCAUUUUUUAUAUCAAUGAGCGAUUUCAAUUUAGUUCCAAAUUUAUUUUUAUUGUUCAUUGAUGAAAAUCAAAGUUACCCACCUUAUUAUCAAGCCAGAAAAUAUGGAUAUGAUAGCUUAUUGUUACUUGUAAAUGUUGGAAAUGAUAUAACUGCUCUGUGCUGUGUUAUAAUUGUGAUCCCUAUAGUUUAUUUUUUUUCUAAAUGCUCUCAGAGAUUCAUUGGAAAGAAAUUUAAAAAAUUACUUAGAGAGUAUAAAUUUGGUACUUUUUUACGAUUUUGGAUUUUAUGGUACCUUGAAAUUGGUUUUGCUUCUAUAAUUGGGGUUUUGAGUACAGAAGAUUAUAAAAUCUUAGAAAAUCCGGUUAGAUUAUCUAACUAUUUCAUUUGCUGGUUUUUUAUUGUAAUCAUAAUUUAG